UUGAAGAUCAUGACUGAGGAGGCUUUUGACGUGGUGGUGGUGGGCUCCUGUAUGACUGACCUGGUCAGCCAGGCACCCAGGUUGCCCAAAGCAGGAGAAACCAUCCAUGGUCAUAGGUUCUUCAUUGGCUUUGGAGGGAAAGGGGCCAACCAGUGCAUCCAAGCUGCCCGAAUGGGAGUCAAAACCACAAUGAUCUGCAAGGUUGGUAAAGACUUCUUUGGAGACAAUUACAUCCAGAACUUCAAGGACAACGAUGUGCACACAGAGUUUGUGAGGCAAACCUCGGAGGCAGCCACAGGAGCUGCUUCCAUCACCGUCAAUGAUGCAGGCGAAAACGCCAUCGUGAUUGUGGCUGGUGCCAACAUGCUGCUGGGCAAAGACGAGCUACAGGAAGUUCUUCCUGCCAUUAGAAGAGCAAAAGUACUGGUGUGUCAGCUGGAGAUCAACUCACAGACGUCCUUCCAGGCUCUGCAAAUGGCUCGUGAGAACAAAGUGAAGACCAUCUUCAACCCGGCACCAGCCAUCCCUGACUUGGAUUCCGGUUUCUACAAAGUCUCUGAUGUGUUCUGCUGUAAUGAGUCUGAGGCGGAGCUGCUGACCGGCAGUCCGGUCAGUAACGUGGACGAGGCGCACGGCGCCGCCCAGGAGCUGCUGCAGCGCGGCUGCGGCGCAGUCAUCAUCACUUUGGGACCCCAAGGCUGCGUGGUGCUCACGGCAAAGGCGUCAACCGCAACGCACGUUCCAGCUCCCGUCGUCACACCGGUGGACACCACGGGGGCUGGAGACAGCUUUAUCGGAGCGCUGGCGUUUUACAUGGCCCGGCACCCCGCCAUGCCUCUGGAGGAGAUGGCCGGCAGAGCCAAUCGGGUGGCGGCGCUGAGCGUGGGAGCGGCCGGCACGCAGACAUCGUUCCCGUUCAGACGGGACCUCCCCGACGAACUGUUCUGA